GGUAUUUGGGUGCGUGAGACAUCAGAAGAAUUACAGGGUGUGUCCCAUCCUUUCAGAAUUUUUUUGUUUUUUAAACUAGGAAAGUCAGUUAAGAAAAAAAUCAUAUUUACAAUGACGGCCUACAAACAACCAAACCCAAGCGACGCUGUGCCAACUGUGUGCCACCCAACCAUAGCCAGUUCGUGAUAGAGCCUGGAUUUGAAUCAGGGUGUCUGUUGUGAAAUCUCAAGCACUGAGAUACAGUGCCUUAGACCACUGUGCUACUUGAGAGCCCAGUUAGGACUAGGGUUGGCCUGAGGUAGGACUUAAUAGAUUAAAAUAGUGGAGUAGAGUCUUUUUUAUUUUGUGAGUAAUGUGUUAGGGUAUUUGUUUAUUUAUUUAUUUUUUCAAGCAAAGUAUAAAGGAGUUGUACUCCAGUCUAGUAGGUGGCGGUAAUUCAACAUUUAUUGGAUGCCAACCACCGUUGAACCUCAACGAAGAAGAAGGAGUGUUUGCGUCAAGAUGGCUGUCGGUGCCUUCCCCAUCGCCAAGCUCCUCUACCUCGGUGUACGGCAGCUCAGCAAGCCCGUAGCCAACAGGCUCAAGGCCGGGGCUCUCCGGAGCGAGUUCUUCAAGACAUAUGUUUGUCUUCCACCGGGACAGAUUUACCACUGGGUGGAGAUGAGGACCAAGAUGAGGAUCAUGGGUUUUCGGGGUUCCAACAUCAAGCCCCUGAACGAAGAGGCGGCAGCAGAGCUGGGUGCAGAGCUGCUGGGGGAGGCCAUCAUCUUCAUCGUUGGAGGGGGGUGUAUGAUCCUAGAGUACAGUAGACAGGCGGCCAACUCUAAGAGGAAGGAAGAAGAGCUGAGUCACACCAUUGGCAGUCUGCAGACACAGAUAGGAGAGCUGACCUUGAACACAGAGACACUGGAUGCCAGGCUAAGGGAGGUCAACAGGCUACUGCUCUCCUUACCACCACCUGUUACCACCCAAGUUCCUGUUUCGGAUCCUGCUGUCACUCUGGCUUCCUCUUCUGUGGAUCCCAGUCAAAAGUGAUACCUGUGUAAUUUCUGAAUUAGCCUGGUGGUCGUCAGAUCUGUUUGCCUUGAGCCAAGUUCUCACUCAUGUCAUAACUAACCUUUUCAUAUCUGUCUCUCUCUCUCAAUGUAGUGUUGUCAGACGAGACUAAAGGACUCUAUACACACACACACACACUCUCUGCAAACGGAGCGACGGAGAUCCGUUUGUGUCGAUCCCUGCUUACUUUUGUGCGGCUGAAUUUAUGGAGUGGACCGUAUACGACGGUGUGUGUGUGUGUGUGGAGUCCUUUCCGUCUAGGUUAUGAUGCCACACGAGUCAGCUGUUGGCUAAAACAGACAGAUCUCUGUCCACCAGGUUGUGUCUGUUAAUAAAAGGACUGUGACACGCAACCGUGUGCUUCCCAGAUGAAACAGUCUGUGCAUAUAUUAUGUUUGCUUUGUCUUUGUCUUUUUUUUUUUCUUUAUCUUCUUGAGGCAAAAGUCUAUGUUCAGUACUCCUAGUAGGAACUAUUGACCAUAUUCUUCACUGAAGUGUUUGUCAUUCAAGUAGCCUCUGCUGAGAUGUUCUAGUUUUCAAGGAGAAAUGGAAAGAGGGCAUUAACAAAGCAAUACCAUCUUAACUCCGCCUCCGCAUUUACUGGAUUGGUUGAACAGUGCAGAAGAGAACCUCCCACCGACAGUUUUCUAUUCUCCUGGUCAAGACCGGGAUGUCUUUCAGGCCUUUCUUUGACAGCUGCUAUGUUUGUUGUUCAACGAGCGACGACUAGUUUUCAUGUGGAGAAAUACAGCACCAAACAUCUGUUAGAUGGGGAAAUUGAGCAAGUAAGACUUCCUCUGCAAAAAAUUGUCAACAUUUUAUUCCAGAUUUCUUGAUUUCUGUCAGGUUGAUUUGACCUGUUUUGAGGGAAGUGUUACAGGGUAUGUUGCUACGGUGACUCAAAAGGGACACACCACAGUGUAGAUCCACUUCCCCCCCCCCCCUAAUUUUUCAAGUGAUGUUCAUUAAGGCGAGCAGAAGUUUUCUGAGUUCUGCUAGAUGCAAACCGACCCUCUAUGCAGAUGCCUUUUAUCAGUUAAGUGGAGAGAAGUGCAACCACAACACAGUACUGUCUGUCUGCUGAUAUAUAAUAUAUGUAUAUAUAUAUAUAUAUAUAUAUAAAUAUAAAGGAUUUCCUGUAGAGCUGGGUGUGAGUGGGCCUGACUCUCAUUACUGGGGGGUUUUGCUGUGUGUCAGGGGCUGCUGCUGGAGCAGUGACUCGCUGUCAUAUAGUGUAUUCAUUUUUUUUUGGGGGGGGGGUUCAAUGCUUUAUUUAACACUGAACAUUUUUUGUGUGUUUUUAAAGCAACAUGUAAAGUGUUGACCCCAUGUUUCAUGCGUUGAAAUAAAAAAAAUCCCCCAAAUUUUUCCACACACACAGCUUAUUUCUCUAAAAUGUUGUGCGUGAAUUUGUUUACAUUCCUGUUAUUGAGCGUUUUCUCGUUUGUCAAGAUUAAACCGCAUGAUCGUUACACAGGUGCACCUUGUGCUGGGGGAUGUUAAAAGGCCACUCUAAAAUGUGCUGUGUUGUCACAAAAAACACAUUUAUUUUUACUAGGCAAGUCGGUUAAGAACAAAUUCUUAUUUUCAAUGUCAGCCUAGGAACAGUGGGUUAACUGCCUUGUUCAGGGGCAGAACGACAGAUUUGUACCUUGUCAGCUCGGGUAUUCGAACUUGCAACCUUUCGGUUACUAGUCCAACGCUCUAACCACUAGGCUCCCCUGCCAUCUCUACGCUCUAACCACUAGGCUACGCUGCCGCCUCUACACUCUAACCACUAGGCUACCCUGAUGUUUUGAGGGAGUGUGAAAUUGGCAUGCUGACUGCAGGAAUGUCCACCGGAGCGGUUGCCAGACAAUUGAAAAACUCAUUCUGGCAAAACUCAUUCUGAUUAGCUGGGCCCGCCUCCCCAGUGGGCCCGCCUCCCCAGUGGGCCCGCCUCCCCAGUGGGCCCGCCUCCCCAGUGGGCCCGCCUCCCCACUGUUCCCAGGCCGUCAUUGAAAAUAAGAAUGUGUUCUUAACUGACUUGCCUAGUAAAAUAAAGGUAAAAUAAAAAAUAAAUAAAAAAAACACCACGUUUCAGUGUCUCUGGUUGAAACGAAGAACCUAUAUUAAACAGUGUAUGGUUGAAACGAAGCACCUAUAUUAAACAGUGUCUGGUUGAAACGAAGCACCUAUAUUAAACAGUGUCUGGUUGAAACGAAGCACCUAUAUUAAACAGUGUCUGGUUGAAACAAAGCACCUAUAUUAAACAGUGUCUGGUUGAAACAAAGCACCUAUAUUCAACAGUGUCUGGUUGAAACGAAGCACCUAUAUUCAACAGUGAUUGGCUUGGUGAUGGUAAUAGAGUGACUGGGGAUCUAUUAUGCUUAGACGAGCAGGAGACCAUGUGACCUGACCAGGAAACACUGUCAUAUAGGGCAUAUAUAUGUUUCCUCCAGUACCCCCAACAGCCCAACUCUAGUCCUCCAGUACCCCCAACUCCAGUCCUCCAGUACCCCAACAGCCCAACUCCAGUACCCCCAACAGCCCAACUCCAGUCCUCCAAUACCCCCAACAGCCCAUCUCCAGUCCUCCAAUACCCCAACAGCCCAACUCCAGUCCUCCAAUACCCCAACAGCCCAACUCCAGUCCUCCAAUACCCCAACAGUCCAACUCCAGUCCUCCAAUACCCCAACAGCCCAACUCCAGUCCUCCAAUACCCCAACAGCCCAACUCCAGUCCUCCAAUACCCCAACAGCCCAACUCCAGUCCUCCAAUACCCCAACAGCCCAACUCCAGUCCUCCAGUCCCCCCAACUCCAGUCCUCCAAUACCCCAACAGCCCAACAGCCCAACUCCAGUCCUCCAAUACCCCAACAGCCCAACUCCAGUCCUCCAAUACCCCAACAGCCCAACUCCAGUCCUCCAAUACCCCAACAGCCCAACUCCAGUCCUCCAAUACCCCAACAGCCCAACUCCAGUCCUCCAAUACCCCAACAGCCCAACUCCAGUCCUCCAAUACCCCAACAGUCCAACUCUAGUCCUCCAGUACCCCCAACUCCAGUCCUCCAGUACCCCAACAGCCCAACUCUAGUCCUCCAGUACCCCCAACUCCAGUCCUCCAAUACCCCAACAGCCCAACUCCAGUCCUCCAGUACCCCAACAGCCCAACUCUAGUCCUCCAGUACCCCCAACUCCAGUCCUCCAGUACCCCAACAGCCCAACUCUAGUCCUCCAGUACCCCCAACAGCCCAACUCUAGUCCUCCAGUACCCCCAACAGCCCAACUCUAGUCCUCCAGUACCCCCAACAGCCCAACUCUAGUCCUCCAGUACCCCCAACUCCAGUCCUCCAGUACCCCAACAGCCCAACUCUAGUCCUCCAGUACCCCCAACAGCCCAACUCUAGUCCUCCAGUACCCCCAACUCCAGUCCUCCAGUACCCCGAACAGCCCAACUCUAGUCCUCCAGUACCCCCAACAGCCCAACUCUAGUCCUCCAAUACCCCCAACAGCCCAACUCUAGUCCUCCAGUACCCCCAACUCCAGUCCUCCAAUACCCCAACAGCCCAACUCCAGUCCUCCAGUACCCCCAACAGCCCAACUCUAGUCCUCCAGUACCCCCAACUCCAGUCCUCCAGUACCCCAACAGCCCAACUCCAGUCCUCCAGUACCCCAACAGCCCAACUCCAGUCCUCCAAUACCCCGAACAGCCCAACUCCAGUCCUCCAGUACCCCAACAGCCCAACUCCAGUCCUCCAAUACCCCGAACAGCCCAACUCCAGUCCUCCAGUACCCCCAACAGCCCAACUCCAGUCCUCCAGUACCCCCAACUCCAGUCCUCCAAAACCCCGAACAGCCCAACUCCAGUCCUCCAGUCCCCCCAACUCCAGUCCUCCAGUACCCCCAACAGCCCAACUCCAGUCCUCCUGUACCCCCAACAGCCCAACUCCAGUCCUUCAAUACCCCAAACAGCCCAACUCCAGUCCUCCAAAACCCCGAACAGCCCAACUCCAGUCCUCCAGUACCCCCAACUCCAGUCCUCCAAAACCCCGAACAGCCCAACUCCAGUCCUCCAGUACCCCCAACUCCAGUCCUCCAAAACCCCGAACAGCCCAACUCCAGUCCUCCAGUACCCCCAACAGCCCAACUCCAGUCCUCCAGUACCCCCAACAGCCCAACUCCAGUCCUCCUGUAUCCCCACUCAUUUUUUGUUGUUGGCCCAGAUGACAAAUUCCUCUCAUUCAACUAAUUGAGGAUGAAGUUGAAUCGGGUGUGCUUGUUUGGGGCUACAACGUGUUCUGUUGUAGGACUGGAGGAAACGCUGCUAUAUGGGUACCAGGGGUGGAAAAACUAUUCAAAUCUCAUUCUGUAGUAAAAGUGAAGAUAUUUUAAUAGAAAAUUACUACUUGAGUAAAAGUAUUUGGUUUUAAAUAUACUUAAGUAUCAAAAGUAUGAAUAACUAAAAAUUCCUUAUAUUAAGAAAACCAGAUGGCACAAUUUUCUUGUUUUUUAUUUUCGCAUAGCAAGGGUCACAUUCCAAUACUCAGACAUGAUUUAAAAACAAUGCAGUUGUGUUUAGUGAGUCCGUCAGAUCAGAGGCAGUAGGGAUGACCAGGGAUGAUCUCUGUUUAGUGAGUCCUCCAGAUCAGUGGCAGUAGGGAUAACCAGGAAUGUUCUCUGUUUAGUGAGUCCUCCAGAUCAGAGGCAGUAGGGAUGACCAGGGAUGUUCUCUGUUCAAUGAGUCCUCCAGAUCAGAGGCAGUAAGGAUAACCAGGAAUGUUCUCUGUUUAGUGAGUCCUCCAGAUCAGAGGCAGUAGGGAUGACCAGGGAUGAUCUCUGUUUAGUGAGUCCUCCAGAUCAGAGGCAGUAGGGAUGACCAGGGAUGUUCUCUGUUUCGUGAGUCCUCCAGAUCAGAGACAGCAGGGAUGACCAGGGAUGUUCGCUUGAUAAGUAUGUGAAUUGGACCAUUUUCUGUCCUGCUAAGCAUUCAAAAUGUACUUUUGGGUGUCAGGGAAAAUGUAUGGAGUAAUAAGUACAUAAUUUUCAUUAGGAAUGUAGUGGAGUAAAAAGUCAAAUAUAUAAAUGAUAAAAGUACAGAUACUACCCCCCCAAAAAAUGCCUUUAGUACUUUACACCACUGAUGGGUGCUUGGACCCAGGUGAGGAGGGUGUUUUAUAACCCCACGACAGUAUGACACAGGGAAACUGUAACUGGCAAUAAUAUUUGUUGACUUGAAAAUUUUGAAAUUUGUACAUUUAGGUCCAUCAAAUGUUGCCCACCUUCCCCAAGUACAACAGAGCUUAACUAUGGUUCUGACUAGGUGGAAUACAGACUUUUUCGUAGCAGGUUAGGAGAAUGAGGUUACGGUUAUGAAAAGGGUUAGCUAAAAUGCUCUCCUAGCCUGCUAUGAAAAGUCACUUCCUGGUUGUAGCUGUACUCCAUCUUGUCCCAAGGUUUUCACAAACUCUUUUGUUGUUGUUGCCAUAGCACUACACAGCUAAUUCAAAUAAUCAACGAAUCGUCAAGCUUUGAUCAUUUGAAUCAACUGUGUCGUGUUAGGGGGCAAAAACUAAAAAGUGCACCCCUUGGGGUCCCGAGGACCUUGGGAAACGCUGAUCUUGUCACAACUCUGUAUUAUUGUCUUGACUCACUGUGUGAAUCCCUUCCCUAGUUGGUGAUGUACUGUGACGUGUAAUUUUUUUUUUUUUAAAUGGCUGUAUAUGAAUGAGCAUAAAAUAAAGUGAAAUGUUCUAA